GGUUCAGAUGGGCUGUUUGACAAUCUUUUUGAUCGUGAAAUCGUUUCAACAUUGUCCAUACACAGUGAUGUUGUCAACGCUGCAAAGGCAUUGGCUAACCUGGCAAGCAAUCAUUCCAAGGAUUCAAGCAUCGAUUCUCCCUACUCACUGGAGGCCAGAUCCAAGGGUUUUGAUGUUCCUUUCUGGAAGAAAAUUCUCGGGAUGAAGCUAACAGGUGGAAAGGUUGAUGAUAUCACUGUGAUCGUGGGUCAGGUUGUAACCUCACCAAGCACCUGUAUCUUGGAUGAGAUUCCCAAAACAGAGGAGGUACAGGGAACAGAAGGGUUUUGGAGCACGUAAGACUUGGACUAUUCAUGCUCGAGGAGCAUUCUCCAUUACUUUGUUCACCAUUUUUACACUAAACAUUCUGCUGAAGCUCAAUAGGAGAGAAGAGAAAGACAAAAUACACUGAACAAUUUGUAAUCAAUUCUAGAAUUUAAUUGGAUUCCGUCCGAAUAUUCCUCUUCAA